UAAAAAAAAAACAACGCAACGCGACUGCGAUGGCAGUAACUCUUAGUAAAGCUUUGGUAUUAUUCUUAUCAAUUUCUUUUCUAACUAGCACUGCGUACAAAUAUUUCGUACAAAAGAAGAAGAAAGAAAAACAGAAAGAAACUAACGAAGUCAUAAUGUUUUCGUACGAAGAGUGUGAACUAAAGAAGAGUAAAUAUUCGCGGUGCACUAUCACAAAAAGCAUGGACAGAUUUUUACACUAUUUAGCUUCACCCAAGUACAGUCUUGAUGUAUGUAUUUACGUUUUCACCAACUCUGAUAUUGCGAAUGUGUUACUAAAACUACACUACAAAGGUAUUAAAAUCCGCAUUAUCAUAGAUGCCGACAUGGCAUACUGUACAGGUUCAAAUUUGAGAAGAAUGGAGCGUCAAGGCAUACCUGUACGCUGGAUGAAGUCUACAAAUCUAAUGCACCACAAGUUCUGCAUAAUAGAUGCAGUGAAUAUAGAUGAUGUACACCCUUUAGUAAUAGCAGGGUCAUUGAACUGGACCAAUCAGGCACUUUGCGGAAACUGGGAGAAUGUUCUGGUGACAUCACAAGCUGAUCUUGUAAACCAGUUUAAGACUGAAUUUGAGAAACUUUGGUUACAGUUUACACCAAUAACCAGUUAAUAUUUGUAUUAUUAAUUAGUUUAUUAUGGAUGACUAAAAUUCGUUUUUAAGAAAAAAGUUUAUAAAAUAAACUGCGAAAGUGCUUCUAGGUAUAUAUUGCCUAUAUGUUAAGUCCUGUUUUAUAAAUUGAUUAAGACAUAAGUGUUUUGUGUAGACCUUAGACACAAAAAAACAGGAAUUAAGUUGUAAUUAUUUGACUAAAUUUAUUAAAAAGUUUUAAUGGUUGGCAGCAGCAUGGCUCUGCCUCUGGCAUUGCUGAUGUCCAUGGGUUAUGGUAAUUACUCACCAUCAGGUGGGCCGUAUGCUCGUCUGCCGACAAGGGCAAUAAAAAAAAUUGAAAAAUGAUAAUGUCAUCUUAAAUAACUAUUUAUAAUUUUGGUCUCAAGUUAAACAAAAGAUUGUAAAAGUAUUACAAUACCAAGAUUUACUUUAUAUAGCGUAUUUUUUUGGAAGUAGACUUAAAAACAAAAUAAUAUAACAAAUACCUAAUCAAACUUAUCUAUAAUUAUUGAGGAGUGGCAUUCAGUGGUCGCUGUCUAUUCAUGUGAGAAAUGAGCUAUACACACUUUCAGGCCUUAACACGUUCAGUAGGCAUUCUGUUUUAAUAGUUUUUUUUUGUUGCCUUGAUAGCCUAAAAGGCUAUUUGAAGUACCAGGAGGUGAGCUUAUGGGGCUCAAGCUGGAAGGACUUGGCAACAAUAGCUUUAUUAAAAGCAGUGCUUCACUGAAUCUACCAGAUUUGAAUCGCAUCCAACUGAGUAGGUUUGGUGAGAAACUAUGGGUUGUGUCUAUGGGCUAGGUUGCACCUUGAACUCUGUCUCAUUUGACAAGUUUAAAAAUGUAUACAUAUCUCUUUUAUAUUAAAGCAAAUUGAAGUUACUGCCUCCACACAACACAAGUCUAGAUCAUUCAUAGACCACUACAAGGGAGAUUCUGCACAUAGUCUUAAAAUGUUCUAGAUUUAAUCUAUAAAACUAUUUUUUUUACAUCAUAAAUCAUUAAACUUGUCUUGUUUGGUGCAGCUUCUCACAUAUCCUCUUUCACACCAUCCGGCGAAAGGUCAAAAGGUCUCCCCCCUCACCUACUUUAACUCAGGUGAUUUAAAGUUAAACUAAGUUAAUUAUAAGUUUUUAAAUAAAACUAUAGUAUAAGUAAA